CGCAGAGCCGCGGGCGGACGCGCGGGAGCGCCGCGCCGUGGGGUCCGUGGGAACUCAGGUCGCGGCGCAGCCAUGGACGUCGGCGGCAUCCUGGAUGCUGGGCUGGAGGCGGAGCUGGCGGAGGGCGAGCCCGAGGCCAAGAAGAGGAGGCGGCAGUGUGCGGAGUUCGCCGCCGUGGCCAGCUGCGACGCCGCCGUGGCGCAGUGCUACCUGGCCGAGAACGACUGGGAGAUGGAGAGGGCGCUGAACUCCUACUUCGAGCCCCCGGUGGAGGAGAGCGUCCUGAAGGGCUCUCCCGGGAGCCCCCCUAAGCUCGAGUCUGUUGACCUAACUGUUGAAGAAGAGCCGGCUGAACCCAGUAAUUCUGAAGCCUGCUCAUCUGAAAAGAUUCAGCAAGAGGAUGGUAGCACAUUCUCUGUCAUCACCUGGAAUAUUGAUGGAUUAGACGUAAAAAAUCUGCAAGAGAGGGCUCGAGGUGUCUGUUCAUAUUUAGCUUUGUACAACCCAGAUGUGAUAUUUCUACAGGAAGUUAUUCCCCCAUAUUUUAGCUACCUAAAGAAGAGAGCAAAAAAUUAUGAAAUUAUUACAGGUAAUGAACAAGGAUAUUUCACAGUCAUAAUGUUGAAGAAAUCAAGAGUGAAAUUUAAAAGCCAAGAGAUUAUUCCUUUUCCAAAUACACAAAUGAUGAGAAAUCUUCUGUGUGUGCACGUGAAUAUUUUGGGAAAUGAACUUUGCCUUAUGACUUCCCAUUUGGAGAGCACCAGAGGGCAUGCUCCAGAGCGAAUGAAUCAGUUUAAAAUGGUUUUAAAGAAAAUCCAAGAGGCUCCAGAGGCAUCUGCAGUUAUAUUUGCAGGAGAUACAAAUUUAAGGGAUCAGGAGGUUGCCAAAUGUGGUGGUUUACCUGACAACAUUUUGGAUGUCUGGGAGUUUUUGGGCAAACCUAAGCAUUGUCAGUAUACAUGGGAUACACGAAUGAACACUAAUCUUGGAAUAGCUGCUGCUUGUAAGCUUCGUUUCGAUCGAAUAUAUUUCAGAGCAGCCUCAGAAAGUGGCCAUGUUAUUCCCCAAAGCUUGGAUCUCUUAGGGUUGGAAAAACUAGAAUGUGGUCGAUUUCCAAGUGAUCACUGGGGUAUUCUGUGUAAUUUUGAUGUGAUUUUGUAAAAUGCUUUUCAGAUAAGAGUUGUAAAGGUGUUCUGAGUUGUUUUAUACUGGAUUUACAAAUUUCUGCCUGAUUGGAAAACUAGGUAUAAUAUGGAGGAAUUAAUAUACUGGAUCAUAGUAACAUAAAACUGCUAUGGUCUUUUUUUGUCUUUCUUCCCCCCCCCCCCCCCCCUCUUUUUGGGUCACACCCAGUGGUGCACAGAGGUUACUCCUGGCUCAUGCACUCGAGUUACUCCUGGUGGUGCUCGGGGGACCAUAUGGGAUGCUGGGAAUCGAACCUGGGUCCACCACGUGCAAGGCAAACACCCUACCCGCUGUGCUAUUGCUCCAACCCCUAAUACUGCUGGGAUUUUAUUUUGAGGAUUGAUUAUGUCCGAUUUUAGGACCAAAUAUUAGCAUUUAUUUAAAUUAAAGCUUAUCCAUUUAGAAAUAAGGCCUCCUAAUGAAUGUGUGUGUGUGUGUGUGUGUGUUGCUAGGGAUCAAACUAGGGCCUAGCAUGUACUCAGCUGCUAAGCCAUAACUAUGACCUACCAAAGUUGUUCUUAGUCUUUGUUUUUGCAGUCUCGAGGGUCAGACUCAGGUCUCACACCUGCAGAACACGUGCUUUGCUGCAGAGCCACAUCGCCAGACUGUGUCAGCAUUCUUAAAGCUUUACUAGUCCUCAUAGUUGGGGCCCAGGAGAUGGCUCAAGAACACAUGCUUUUAGCAUGCCAGAGUCCUGGUUUAGUCCCCAGCACUUAUGACUUAGUUCAGCACCACCAGGCCUCACUGGGGAUGGCCUCGUAACAAAACAAACUAAACCAGACACCAAAACGUCUUUCUUUUUGGGUCAACACCCAGCGGUUACUCCUGGCUUUGCUUUUAGAAAUUACUCCUGGCAGUUCUCGAGGGGCCAUAUGAAAUGCUGGGAAUCGAAUGUGUGUUGGCCAAAUGCAAGGCAAAUGCUGUACCCACUGUACUAUCGCUCCAGCCCAAUUUUUUUUUUCUUUUUGGGUCACAUCUGGCGAUGCACAGGAGUUACUCCUGGCUCUGCACUUAGGAGUCACUCCUGGCGGUGCUCAGGGGACCAUAUGGGAUGCUGGGAAUCGAACCUGGGUCGGCCGCGUGCAAGGUAAACGCCCUACCUGCUGUGCUAUUGCUUCAACCCCUCCAGCCCAAUUUAAAAAAAAUAUUUUAAAUUUUUUAAGUAAGUCUUUUAAGUAAGUCUUUGAAAGAAGACUUUGAAUCUGGAUUUUUUAGUUAUACUUUACAAAUUUAGGUACUCUUAAGUGAAGAAGUACCCUAAUGAUAAGCAUUUUUUUUUUUUAAUUUGGAUUUGGGCAACACCCAGCAGUUCUCAGGCCUUACUCCAGGCUGUGUCUUCAGGGAUCACUUCUGGUAGGCUCAAGGGACCAUAGGAUGCCGGGCAUUGAACCUGGGUCUGCCACAUGCAGGGCAGGCACCCUAUCUGCUGUACUGUCGCUCCGGCCCCAUAAUCAAACAUUUAAAGAGAUCACCAGACUUAAUUUUUGUUAGCAAACAGUAUGUAAUUGGUAAGCUAUAAAUAAAAUGAUUUAAUAUUCAUAACUGUUAAAGAGACUGUCUGCAUCGCUCUAGCAGAGCUCCCUGCGGCUGAAGACCACCGGAACCUAGCCAUAGCCAUGCUCGAGGCCCCUCUCCACACAUUCGGACAGGCCUCAUGCAUGAAGGUAAAGGCAGAGGAACCCAGGUGUGUGUAAUCCCGUCAACGGCCAACAUCCAGAGACUUAAAAGCAAGCUCCCAGAAGUUUACAUCUUCUAACCUACUUCCCCCUCUGGGAGAAACUGGCAAGCUUCUAUGGAUUUAUUCUAUGCUAAAUCCAGUAACAAGCUGGGUCUCAUUCCCCUGACCCUGAAAGAGCCUCCAGUGCGACAUCGUUGGGAGGGCCAAGUCGAGAGAGACUUCUAAGAUCUCAGGAAAAGGAUGAAUGGAGAGGUUACUGAGCCCACUCGAGAAAUCGACGAUUAACGGGAUUUUGUGAUUCGUGAACUUUUAAAGAUUCAUGUUUAUAGUUAUGUUGCCAGUAGAGGGAAAACUUGGCUUGAUUUUGAUUAAAGUCAGUUUCAUACUGUGCGGGACUUUUGCUAAGACGGCAAAAUAAAUGUUUAGUUUUGCUACUUAGUAAAACGAGUUAUUUUAGAAUAGGUAAACAAAGUGCACUUUCAGUGUAUUUGUUUAUUGGUUUCUUUAUGUUUGUUUGUUUUUGGAUCACAUCCAGUGAUACUCAAGAGUUCCUCCUCGCUCUCCACUCAGGACUCAUGCCCAGCAGUGCUUGGGUGACCAUACGAGAUACCAGAUCGAACCCAGGUGUGCUUUGUGUAAGGCAGAGGCCCUAAAUGCUGAACUAUUGUUUCAGUCCUCAGUGUGCUUGAAAAAAAGAAUGACAUUUAUGGAGGGUCAGAUAGUUUAGCAAAUAGGGCAAUUGUCUUGCAUGCAGCCAACCUGGGUUUGAUGCCUGGCACCAGAUAAUGAUCCCCAAGCCCACCAGGAGUAAUCCCUGAGCACUGCUGGGUCUGACCCAAAACAACAACAAAGAAUAAAUAAAAAAAAACCAACUUUUUUUCAGUGCCAGGGAUAACUUGGUGUGUAGUAGCACUCCUGCCUUGUAGAAUGAGGCAUGACAGUGAGCCAUCUCUUGACACACAACCAAGAGUGUGAACAUUGCAACUAUGGCGCUACCCCAGGGAGCAUCAGACCCGUGCCACUCCUGGUAGGCACCCCAAGUGUGUGCACAGCUGCCCAAAUGGCAUUAGACUCCCAGUGGUCAGCCACGUAGCAGCCAGGGCAAAGGGA